AUGCAGAACACCAAUGAGAAGGUCGGUUUCUUCUCCUGGAGCCGACAUCUCCGACGACAUGGGAGCGGGUCAGCCAAUACUCGUGGUCAUGGCGAUCUCGAGCCACAUCAGUUUCAAAUUCCCAGUCGGGUGAAAGAGCGUCGGCACAUAGUCACCGACGAGCUCACGGAGUUGACGAGCACUUUCAACGAGAUGUCCGAUGAGCUCGUGAUUCAGUAUAAUCGUUUGGAAGAGCGAGUAGCAGAGCGCACUCGUGAGCUGGAGAAAGCCAAGGUUGCGGCGGAAACGGCCAACGAAAGCAAAACACUUUUUAUUGCAAACAUUUCCCAUGAGCUGAAGACGCCGUUAAAUGGCAUCCUUGGUAUGUGCGCAGUGUGCAUGGGCGAAGAUGACCUCCCGAGGAUCAAGAAGUCUCUUCAAACAGUAUACAAGUCUGGUGAUUUGCUACUGCAUCUUCUGAACGAUUUGUUGACCUUUAGCCGGAACCAAGUCGAUCAGGCUAUUCGGCUGGAGGAGAAGGAGUUCAAAAUGUCGGAUAUACGAUCACAGCUGGCAAUUAUUUUCCAGAAUCAAGUUCAAGAGAAACAAAUAUCGUUCAGCAUAAAAUUCUGCGAGCCAGAAACUCCCCGUAUUAGUGACACCCCGGAAGACGCAGCUCGAACGCCUGGACCUGUGCUGGGGCCUCCUGGAACCGGCCGACUGAAAGACAUGGUGCUCUGGGGUGACCAGCACCGCAUCUUACAGAUCUUGAUCAAUCUGGUGGGCAACAGUCUCAAAUUUACGCCGGAGGAAGGCACUGUCGCUGUCCGUAUCAAAUGUCUUGGAGAGGAUCAUCCGCGCCCGAUCAGUUCACAGCCGGCCUCCCGACCUCUUUCGCGCUGGCGAUCACGCGGUUCUUCGCGGGUAAGCUCAAGGCCUAGAGCCUCGGUCGAGAAUCCACGGGAUGGGGGAGAUGAGAGUCCAGACUCGCCGCCUCCCAAUGUACGCCAUCUGGUUUUCCAAUUCGAGGUUGAGGAUACGGGACCUGGCAUUCCAGGUCAUCUGCAGCAGCGCGUUUUCGAGCCCUUUGUUCAGGGUGACCUUCGCUUAAAUCGCAAAUAUGGUGGUACGGGACUCGGUCUGAGUAUCUGUUCGCAACUUUCCAAGUUGAUGGGUGGAAAUAUCUUGCUCGAAAGUGAGCAGGGCAGAGGAACGUUGUUUUCGGUGCGACUUCCGCUAGGGUUCGUUAAAGAGUCCGCGCCUAGCACGACCACCUCCAGCAUCGCAGGAUCAAGAACCUCCAGCGUAUUUUCGCUAGAUGAGUUGGCGACGGUUGCAAGAGCGCCGUCCAACCAUAGCAUUGCAGCCACUCACGACUCGAGCACGAAUCUUUCCGAGAAGCAGGAUACUCAACCACGGUUGGUCGGUCUAAGCCAGCCAUUUUUUGCACCGCCUGUCCACCCUACCAACGAUGACGAGCCGAGAAAAAUUCGUGCUCUGGUGGCCGAGGAUAAUGUGGUGAAUCAGGAAGUUGUCCUCAGGAUGCUAGCCCUCGAAGAAGUCUACGAUGUGACAGUGGUCAAAGAUGGUCAGGAGGCCUAUGACACGGUCAAGGCGAACAUGGAGGAGGGCAAGGUGUUUGACUUGAUUUUUAUGGAUAUCCAGAUGCCUAACCUGGACGGCAUCCAGAGUACUCGUCUCAUUCGACAGAUGGGUUACUCCGCGCCAAUUGUGGCGCUUAGUGCAUUCUCGGAAGACAGUAAUAUCAAAGACUGCAUGAACUCCGGAAUGGACAUGUUUAUCAGCAAACCUAUUCGACGACCCGCUCUGAAGCAGGUCCUGCGCAAGUUCACAACCAUUCCUGAAGAGCCUGAGAAACCGCACACGUAA